AGCCAAGCAGCUGUGUUAUACUUCCCAAAAAGAAAUACAUACCCUGAAGAGACAGUUUUGAAUUUGGUGCAAUAUUUCUUGACUUGUAUACUAAGGUGUAUACUGCCUUUCAAAUGGGUUUUGUUCAGGCUGUAUUUUAAUACGUAAUUUAAGUAGGAUCAUAAGGAGAUAUUUUCUCUAAAGCUAGCUAGAGAGGAAGCCUCUGUAUUUCACUCAUUCUUCCCCUGUCCGAAAUGUGUACAGUACUGCUAAAUUAUUUCUAGCUUUUAAAAAGAAAAUUGUGUUAUGUGAUUAUACUUAAAUUACCUGAGCAGCCCCCUAGACACUGCAUACAUAGCCAAGAUAACAGUGAAGGAACAGCUAUAGCCAUGCUGUGUCCUGUGUGAGACCGGGACUUCCUUCUUAUUUCCUGAUUCUUAAGGGCUGGCCUUCACUCCUGGGAGAUUGACGCUGCUGCAAUCGAUGCAGCAGGGAUCAAUUUAGCAGGUCUAGUGAAGACCUGCUAAACCAGUGGCAGAGUACUCUCCAGUCGACCCUGGUACUCCAGCUUUCCGAGAAGAGUAAGGGAAGUCAACUGGAGAGCGUCUCCUGUCAACUCAGUGCAGUGAAAACACCGGGCAGUGUGUCUUUACCACGUUCUCACACUUAAAGCAGAACUAGCAACUCUCCGCAGCGAGCUGAUCUACAGAGUCCAGGCAAGAGCUCCGCUACCCCAGUCCCAGGAUAAGAGUAAAGAGGGUACUGUAUCCUCUUCUUCCUUGCAGUUAUCAGCAGCUGCUGCCAGGCAGGAAAUCAGGCUGCCUGAUUCUGAGGCAGGUGAAGGUGAUGAAGAGAGAGGCUGGAAUGCAGGCAGAAGCAGAGGGAGAAGGUCUGCUCUGCCCACAGAAGAAAUAAUGCUACAGGCCUGUCUGCAAUUGAUUGCUGAUAGCAAAAGUAACAUCCAACAAAAAGAUGACUCAAGCAUUGUUCCAUGGCUUCUUAGCUUUAAAAGAGGAACAGCUCUGGAAGAGCAAGGAAAUAAAAUAUUGGUCAAAGAAGCUGGUUACUUUUUCAUAUAUGGUCAGGUUUUAUAUACAGAUACAACAUUUGCUAUGGGACAUCUAAUACAAAGGAAAAAGGCUCAUGUAUUUGGUGAUGAUCUCAGUUUGGUGACAUUAUUUCGUUGUAUCCAAAACAUGCCUCAUUCUUAUCCUAAUAAUUCUUGCUAUACCGCUGGAAUUGCAAAAUUAGAAGAAGGGGAUGAACUUCAACUUACAAUACCACGGAGAAGGGCCAAAAUAUCAUUGGAUGGAGAUGGUACUUUUUUUGGUGCAGUUCGACUCCUGUGAUACUCUACAGUUUUGCAUCAUGCUUAUCUCUGUUCUCUUUUUUGUUUUUAUGUAAUUGAAAAAAAUGGAGAUACAGUUAAGCGGCCAAUUCAAUCUUCUUUUCUUUUUUUUAAACCCCCUUUCUUCGGUUUGAUGAGCCAGCCCAAAACAGGAAACCCAGCAGACAUAGUUCUGAUGUGACUGUCAUGUGAAUUACCAGAAAUAUAGGUUAUUUUAGGCAAUAGAGGAAUAAAAAUACCAAUGGCUAUA